AUGGCGGAUUUUUUCAACCGCAAGUUCAGCAUCAACCGAAACACUGGUGUGCCCAAGCCGGGCCGCCGGUUUUCGUUCGGCGAGCCGGGCGUCCAUGAGGCCAGCAGCAAAAUCCAUCGCCAGUUCCGCGCCGCCCACGAGGGCCACUUGCCCCACACCGGCCUCGAUGCUUCUCGCGCUUCCACCGGUGUCGUCUGGUGCACCGAGCGUGCCGCCGAGUUUGGUUUCCUUGAUGAGCCCCAGAACUGGGCGAACCUGGGCCAGGGUGCCCCCGAAGUUGACGACGACAUUGAGGGUUGUUUCGAGCGUCCCACGACGAUAAACGUGGAAGUGGCCAGCCGCGAGUACGGCCCCACUGCCGGUAUCCGCCCGCUCCGCGAGGCCGUCGCACACUUGUACAACGAGCACCACCGCAAGGGCAAGGAGAGCCAGUACACCUGGGAGAACGUGGCCAUUGUGCCUGGUGGCCGUGCCGGCCUGAUCCGGAUCGCUGCCGUCCUGAACAACGCCUAUGUUGGUUUCUUCAUCCCGGAUUACACAGCGUACAACGAGAUGCUGUCGCUUUUCAAGAACUUCGCCGCUAUCCCCGUCCCGUUGAAAGAGGAGGACGGCUACCAUAUCCACCCCGACAAGAUCGCCGACGAGAUUGCCCGUGGUACUGGCGUCAUCCUUACCUCGAACCCCCGCAACCCCACGGGCCGCGUUGUCGCCAAUCCCGAGCUGGCCGAGAUCCAGGACCUCUGCCGCGACCACGCGACUCUGAUCAGCGACGAGUUCUACUCGGGCUACAACUACACCAGCGACUGCGAUGGCACGACCAUCAGCACAGCCGAGAAUAUCAUUGAUGUCGACGAGGACGAUGUCCUGAUCAUUGACGGCCUGACCAAGCGCUUCCGUCUUCCCGGCUGGCGUGUGGCGUGGAUCCUGGGCCCCAAGGAGUUCAUCAAGGCGAUCGGUUCGUGCGGUUCGUACCUGGACGGCGGUGCCAACGUGCCCUUCCAGGAGGCUGCGGUGCCCAUGCUUGAGCCCAGUCUGGUCCGUGCCGAGAUGAAGGCGCUGCAGCACCACUUCCGCGACAAGCGCGACUACGUCGUCAAGCGGCUGCGCACCAUGGGCUUUGUCAUCAAGUACGUGCCGGACUCGACGUUCUACCUGUGGCUCAACCUUGAGGGCCUCCCCGGCCCGAUCUCGGACGGCCUCAACUUCUUCCAGGCCUGCUUGGAGGAGAAGGUCAUUGUCGUCCCGGGUAUCUUCUUCGAUCUGAACCCGGCGCGCCGUCGUGACCUCUUUGACUCGCCGUGCCACCACUUUGUCCGCUUUUCGUACGGCCCCAAGAUGGAUACGCUUAAGCUGGGAUGUGACGGCAUCGAGCGUGUUGUCAACAAGUAA